GAAAGAUUCUGAUCAAAUAACAUGGAAAAUUAUUGAAGGAACAUCUCCUACAAGUUCAAUUCUUGAAGGCUCUAGUUCUUUAAGUAGCAGCAGUUCUUGUCAAAGUAAUCCAUCUUCAGAAACAAAGAUAUAUAUUCCUGACUGUGAAACAUCAGGUUUAGGCUGCAGUGUUGUAAAUGGCCCAGCAGAAAUGCCAGGUAUUUUUGUUAGUAGUAUUAAAGCAAAUGGACAAGCUGAUCAAGCAGGUUUACAAAUCGGAGAUCAAAUAAUUAGUGCAAAUGGUAUUAAUUUUACUAAUCAUAAAUUUGCAGAGGUAUGAACAGAAUUUAUAACUUAAUUUUUUUAUUUUGAUUAAAAGUUUACUUUUACUUAAUGUAACACGAUAAGAGAUUUUUAAAAACAUUAUAAUUUAUACAUAUAUCAACCUCACAAUGACCUGAUGAAUUUGGUUCCUAAUUCAUUGGUCAUUGGAAAGUUGAUAUAUAUGUAUAUAUAUAUGGUAUAUAUAUGUAUACAUAGCUGGUAUAGCGUCAGUUGUCUGAAUGCCAUGUUGAGUAGGCUGUGAGUGUUGAAUACAUCCCUAGGCUAUGAUUUGGAUAACUGUUGGAUGAUUAUGUCUAAAAGUUUAAAUGUGUCUGGAAGAAAGGAAUCACUUGGAGGUCUGAGUGGUAUAAUGGUAAGUGGAGGUUGUAGGUUCAACUCCUGCUCUGGGCCAAUUUCUUUCUUUCAGACUAUUUUAAAUUUAAAAUUGAAUUAUAAUUUUUACUUUAGUCAAGAGAUGGCACCUAACGUCUACCUCUAGUUCUUAUCUUGUAAUUUAAUAAUAUAAUACAGUUGUCCCUCUAUAGUCCGACGUUUUUUAAUCCGACAUGCUCAGUAGUCCAAUGCGCCUCCUGUCAAAGUACCUGUCCCCAUUACGUGUCUGCUU